AGGAGUAGGCUGGGUCGCGGCGGGGCGGGGCCGGGCGCGCGGCCCUGGGCUGAGUCUCCCGGCGGCGGGCGGCGGGGGCCGGGUGCGGCGGCGGCGGCGGCUUUGGCGGGAGCAGCAUGGACUGGGGCACCGAGCUGUGGGACCAGUUUGAGGUGCUUGAGAGGCAUACGCAGUGGGGGCUGGACUUGUUGGACAGAUACGUGAAGUUCGUGAAGGAGCGGACCGAGGUGGAGCAGGCUUAUGCCAAGCAACUGCGGAGCCUGGUGAAAAAAUACCUGCCUAAGAGACCUGCCAAAGAUGACCCUGAAUCCAAGUUCAGUCAGCAACAGGCCUUCGUGCAGAUUCUCCAAGAGGUGAAUGAUUUUGCUGGCCAGCGGGAGCUCGUGGCCGAGAACCUCAGCGUCCGUGUGUGUCUUGAGCUGGCCAAGUACUCGCAGGAGAUGAAACAGGAGCGAAAGAUGCACUUCCAAGAAGGCCGUCGGGCCCAGCAGCAGCUGGAAAGUGGAUUCAAACAGCUGGAAAGUAGUAAGCGUAAAUUUGAACGGGACUGCAGGGAGGCUGAGAAGGCAGCCCAGACCGCUGAGCGGCUAGACCAGGAUAUCAACGCCACCAAGGCCGACGUGGAGAAGGCCAAGCAACAGGCCCACCUCCGAAGUCACAUGGCAGAAGAAAGCAAAAAUGAGUAUGCUGCCCAACUGCAGCGCUUCAACCGAGACCAGGCGCACUUCUAUUUUUCCCAGAUGCCCCAGAUAUUUGAUAAGCUGCAGGACAUGGAUGAGCGCCGGGCCACCCACCUGGGGGCUGGGUACGGGCUCCUGUCAGAGGCCGAGCUGCAGGUGGUACCCAUUGUUGCCAAGUGCUUGGAGGGCAUGAAGGUUGCUGCGGAUGCCGUGGAUGCCAAGAACGUGGGUGCCUGGCCCCAGGACUCCCAGGUUUUAAUUGAGCUGUACAAGUCAGGCUUUGCCCGCCCGGGCGAUGUGGAAUUCGAAGACUUCAGCGAGCCCAUGAACCGUGCACCCUCAGACAGCAGCCUGGGUACCCCCUCAGAGGGACGGGCCGAGCUUCGAGGCCCAGGCCGCACCCGUGCCAAGCGUUGGCCCUUCGGCAAGAAGAACAAGUUGCGCCUCCCACCCCUAUCCCCGCUGGGGGGCCCCCUGCCCUCGGCAUUGCCUAAUGGACCCCCAUCCCCCCGCUCCGGCCUCGACCCCUUGGCCAUACUGAGCGAGAUCAGUAAGUCAGUCAAACCGCGGCUAGCAUCCUUCCGCAGCCUUCGAGGCAGCCGUGGGACAGUGGUGACCGAGGAUUUCAGCCACCUGCCCCCAGAGCAGCAGAGAAAGCGGCUUCAGCAGCAGCUGGAAGAACGUAAUCGUGAAUUACAGAAGGAGGUCGACCAGAGGGAAGCCCUGAAGAAAAUGAAGGAUGUAUAUGAGAAGACACCCCAAAUGGGGGACCCCACUAGCCUGGAGCCCCAGAUCACAGAAACCCUGAACAACAUCGAACGGCUGAAGUUGGAAGUGCAGAAGUAUGAGGCUUGGCUGGCAGAAGCCGAGAGCCGCGUCCUGAGCAACCGGGGUGACAGCCUGGGCCGGCAUAGCCGGCCUCCGGAUCCCCCAUCCAGUGCCCCGCCAGACAGCAGCAGCAGCAAUAGUGGGUCUCAGGAUAACAAGGAGAGCUCUGAAGGGCCUCCCUCAGAGGAGGGUCAGGAGGCCCCCAUCUACACGGAGUUUGAUGAGGAUUUUGAAGAGGAGCCCGCGUCCCCCAUAGGCCACUGCGUAGCCAUCUACCACUUUGAAGGGUCCAGCGAGGGCACCAUCUCCAUGGCCGAGGGCGAGGACCUUAGUCUCAUGGAGGAGGACAAAGGUGACGGCUGGACCCGGGUCAGGCGGAAACAGGGAGGUGAGGGUUACGUGCCCACCUCCUACCUCCGCGUCACGCUCAACUGAACCCAGCCAGAGGCGGGAAGAGGGGGGCUGUCGGCUGCUGCUUCUGGGCCACGGGGGGCCCCAGGACCUACGCACUUUAUUUCUGCCCCCGUGGCUUCGGCUGAGACCUGUGUAACCUGCUGCCCCCCCAACCCCCACUCCUCCCUCCAAAUGGACCCGCUGUGCCUUCCACCAUUGAUGUACAUACUCAUGUUUCAAAUCUUUUCUUCCUGCCGCUCGGCUAGGGCCGUUUCGUUUUAUAUAUAUAAAAAAUUAUAUAAA